AGCCCAUUGGCCUGAGAGAAGAUCCACUUCCUUAAACAGAAACAAGCGGUUCCUCUUUGGGCAAAUGCGAUAUAAAGCCAGUUCUAGUGCUGAAACCAACGAGAGGCUCCGACUGCGUCCUGACCAGACUUUGAGUACAGAAACGCCAAGAUGUCUGAGAAGAAAAUGUCAUCGAGUCGCAAGCAUCAUCUUAAGAGUUUGAUGCUGUCCAUCGCCAAAGAUCUACUGGAGGAGGAGGAGAGGGAGCGAGAAAAAGAGAGGGAAAGGUACAUGAAGGAGAACUGCCCUCCUGUGUCGAUGCCCCGAAGCAUGCAGGAGCUGCAGGAGCUUUGCCGGGAGAUCCACCACAAGAUCGACGUGAUGGACGAGGAGCGUUACGACCUGGAUAUGAAAGUUAAUAAGUCCAACAAAGAGAUCGACGACCUGAAAAUCAAAGUCCAGGACCUGAUGGGUAAAUUUAAGAAGCCCGUUUUGAGGAAGGUGCGCAUGUCUGCAGACGCCAUGCUGAAAGCCCUGCUGGGCUCCAAGCACACAGUCAACAUGGACCUGAGGGCCAACCUGAAGCAGGUCAAGAAGGAGGUCAAGGAGGAGGAUAAAGAGCUGCGAGACGUCGGCGACUGGCGUAAAAACAUUGAAGACAAAGCCGGCAUGGACGGCAGGAAGAAGAUGUUUGAGGGCGAGGCCUAAAUCAGCGACCUGUCCGCUCAUAACAAAGCCUCAGCAUCUUAAGUCUCCGUUAACAUCGCACAAAUACGUUAAAUAAUAAUAAACUGUCUGACUCAAUAAACAAACUGGAGGAGC